AUGACGCCCUCCACUGCGUCCCGUUUCCAAUUUGCUAUGUCGGAAAUUGAUUCAACUCUUCCACACGAAAAGAGAACAUGGGGUUCAAGAGAGCUAUUGGCUGAACUGAUUCGGUGUGGUGCGGAACCAGGCUCGAUUGACGAGUGUUGGGUGAAGAACCAUUAUCGUUGGAUAGUCUGGAAGAUCGCGAGCAUGAUCCGAUGCUUUCCGAAUGAAUUUCGAGAUUGGUGGUGUAUCGAGAAAGUAAUAGAACAACUGCGAUACAGAUACGAGCGUGAAUACAAUCUUGCGCAAAGAUCGGUACUCAAACGUAUCAUAGAACGAGACUCUCCAGCUACUUAUCCGAUGGUUUUAUGCAUAUCCGACAUUUUCAUAGAAGAUUCGGCUUCAAUAGAUACAACUUGUGAUGUUUACUACGGCAUGGAGUUGACUGACUGUUGGUAUAAAAUCCGAGCAUAUAUUGAUCAACCUUUACAACGAGCUAUUUUGAAAUCUAAAUUACGAAUCGGCAGUAAAUUGGAAAUCUGGGGCGCGAAACUAAUAGGGGGAUCGGAGGCUGUAUCAGCUUUGGAGGUGCCAUCUUCGAUUCGUCUGAAGCUUUCGGCUAAUGCAACGAGGCUUGCUAGAUGGGAUGCUAAAUUGGGUUCCAGAAAUUUACAAGCAUACUCGCUAUUACGCGGUGUAUCUCCUGACGGCGGUUUCGUGCCUGCCAUCGAUGUGAUUGUAAUGCGUAAAUAUCCGAUGCUGUAUAGAGAAAUAAUUGCCGAUGGGAAUGUGGUCGUUAGAAAUGCAAAAGAAGAAGAAGAAGCAAGGCGAAAGCAUGAGGAAGCAAUCGCUUUAUUUGUACAAAGAACAAUUGACGACUACAAGGACGAGCAGUCAAAAUCAGGACAGUACCGAGCGGCCAGUGAUAAUAUGCGCAGAAGGUUAUCUAUAACAGAUAUAAAAAAUGAAAGCACUGUCGAAGAGUUGUAUGAAGUCAUGCAAUCGGGUAUGGAAAUGACAAAUAUCGUUGAAUAUCUGUCUGGAGAACGACGGAGGCUAUUUAACGAUUUCGUACUACUUAAAGAACAAGAAAGAAUGGACCGUUUACAAGCUAGAAUCAGCAAAAGUUUGGAGGGAGCUAAUAAAUUCCGGUCAGUGACACCUUUCUUCAAAGUUCGUAUAUGUGAUUAUCAAAUGUCAAAGAAAGAAGCUCGAGAGGCUACUUUAACGAUAUGGCAGCCUGAUGAGUUACUUAAUGAUACCAUCAAAGAAGGAAAUCGAUAUAAGGUAUAUUCUGUCACGACAGCCAAUCAUCAGAGCUAUCCAUUAGACCGUCAUGCUCUUCUCAGGUUAUCUUCUACAGGACGCUCCACAAGAUGGAUGGAGGCUCCUAUUGAUCCAAACAUGCUGGAACGUUCUCGUUACAUUCCGCGUAGUAUUAUGUUGUGUGACAACUUGUGGGGUCUAAAUCAAAAAGAUGAGCUAGAUUUAGUAGUCCUAAUACUUGUGAUCCUCGACGAAACUGGGAGUGAGCGUGAUGGUACGGCGUGUACGCGAGUCCGUAAGAUCAUGGUCAUAGAUAGGAGCAAGCAGAUGGCGCUAAUCGAAAUACGUAGUGAUCGGUACAAUGCCCUUCUAGAAAAAAGCGUCGUUGCAAUAAAGAAUCUACAAUAUUGCGCUUACGAUUCGAAGUAUAACGUUCAUUUUUUCACGACCACAGUCGAAACAGAAUUUAAAACAAAACCUUCAGAGGCUUACCUUCAACACGCUAUAUCUGAGUUGAAGCAAUGGCUUGAGUGCAAUGCCUCAAUCGUAUCAGAUUUAGGACUGACUGCGUCAAGCAUCUGCAGAGAAUGUUGA